AAAAGCUUUCAAAACCCCUCUCUUUUCCUCCUCUCUUUUCGGUUGGGUGCAUGUAAUUCAAGGGCUGGAUUUUCUUCAAUUUUCAGGCUAGAUUCAUCAUAGUUUUGUGAACUCUUGAUUGUGAGUGAACCAGGACACGGUGAUUGGUGUACUUGCCUAGAAAAAUACACACUCUCUCGAGACGGUAUGUACCACAAGCAAGAUCAAUUUGGGCGCUUGCUGCCGACCUUUCUACAGGUCAUUGAUUUGACGGAUGAUGAAGAGUCUGACCAUCGGGCCGUUGUGUCCGAUGUCUUCGAUGGUAAACAGCUCGAUUAUUAUACAUCGAGGCCGAGUUUAAAUGCUGUGACAUGGAGCUCCAUGGAGACUAGCAUAAAUAACAAGGUACGUCUGUUAAGGACAAUGUUGCGGUGGGAAGAGCAACUACACACCGAAGCAAGUUUCGGACAAGAUAAGCCAAGAGGAAAGUCUUACGACUCGGUUGUUCUUGGGGAGGUGGUGAUUGUUUGUUGGCCCCACGGCGAGAUAAUGAGACUGAGUACCGGUAGCACCGCGGCCGAUGCUGCUAGACGAGUCGGACUCGAGGGAAAAUUGGCUUUAGUUAAUGGCCAAUUAGUGUUGCCUAAUACCAAGCUAAAAGAUGGUGAUGUGGUUGAAUUCAGAAUUUGAUGAUGAUCACAAAAAAUUUGUAUUUGUGAAAAUAAUUGGGGGAAUAAGCAAAAAUGAAAUCGUAUAAAAAAAAUGUAUCUUUAUUGUUCUUUUUUUGUUCUUUCCCCUUAAUUCAAGGAAUAAUGUAUAUAAAAGAAUUUUCAAUAUUGUACAUAUAAUGUCAAAAUUCCACACCAAAAAUAUUUAAUAAAAAAUGAAAAUUCUUUCUUAA